GAGGGUGGCAGUAGUGAGUAAUGGUUGUCCUUAAUCGCCCCAAACCCACGAAGAAGAGUGUCAGCCGGAAAGAUGGCGGAAACAGAGCAGCAGUCAGGUAAAGCAGAGCUGAAUGCUUCUGCUCAGCUCGAGCAACUUCUACAUCUUUGAUUAUGUGCUUGAUAACAAAACUGAGCACUUUAGCAUCAAACUAUUAUGAUAAAUACUAAAGGAUUAAAUGUGGCUCUGUAAUGAGAGCCUCGAAGGUAAACCUGCGCUGUCUUCAGAUAAAGCUAACAUAAACAUUUUGAAUAACUUUAGACUCGUUUGAGUUUCAUUUACAGCUGUAUAUAAAAUUAGAUUUAAACCACUUUAUUUCUUUACAGAUGUUGUUUAAUUCUUCUGAAUAUAUCUGUUAUUUGCUGUAUUUGCUGAGAUGUGUGAGCUAGCACAUAAAGAGGAUUUGCAAAUGCAUGUUUGCAGUGAUAUACCGGCGCAUUUUACUGUUUUAUUAAGAGAAAAUCAAAAUAAAAACUCGUGUUUAGAGUCAGAUAGUUACUUAAAACAACCUUUACUUUGUAUAAAAGCAAACUAUGCUUUAGGGAUGUGAUGGUUUUGCAUUUAUCCGAAAUUUUAAAUCAGACUAUUUGGGCAGAGAGGUGACUCACUGGAAUUAUGAAUCAGUUAUAAUUUAAUUAAAAAGAUGACACUUUGUAUUCAUUAUUCUUGAUUCAUCACACAAGAAGUAAAACACAUCUCGGGACUUUUUUGGUUCAACUCACAAAACAUGUGAACUAUAUCAACAUGUGAAUAACAAACACCAAUCAAGAAAAUAAGGGGAUUUAUAAUACAGAAAUGUCUGUUCUUAGUCAGGGCUCCUUUUGCAUGAAUUACUGUAUUAAUGUGGCAAUCAGACGUGUCUCUGCUGGUGUGUUCUUGAAGUCCAAGCUUCUUUGAUAGCUUCUGCAGCUCAUCUUCCUUGUUGCCUUGGUGUCUCUCAUCUUCUUCUUCUUGGUACUUCAGAGAUCGUCUAUGGGUUUUCAAGUCAGACCAAUCAAGCACAGUUAUACCAUGGUCCCCUAACCAGUUUCUGGUUGUUUUGGCGCUGUGGGCAGGUGCCAGGUCCUGCUGGAAAAGUAAAUCUGUACCUUCAUCAGCUUCCCAGCACAUAGAGCAUGAAGUGCUCUAAAAUCUCCUGGUAGACUUUAAGCUGUGUUGACUCUGGACUUAAUAAAAGACAGUAGACCAACAGCAGCAGAUGACAUGGCACCCUAAAUCAUCACAGACUGUGGAAAAGUCACACUGGACUUGGAGCCCUUUGGAUUCUGGGCCCCCUGACUCUGGGACCUUGAUUUUCCAAUGACACGCUAAAUUAACUUUCAUCUGAAAACAAGACUUCGGGCCACUGAGCAGCAGUCCAGUUCUUCUUUAGGCAUGGACUGUGAAUCUGUGGGCUUGGAUCUGUAAAGUAGGAGUGCAUAUCAACACAUGGCUCCCUGAUACCAGAGAGGCUCUGUAGAGGAAAGAGGAAGAGGAAAACUGUAUUCUCUGUAGGGGUUUUAUUGCAGAUGGGCAGAUGAAGCCUCCAGAAGCUCUGGAGCUUUCCUUCAGUCCGUGCUGAAAAACACUCAAAGCUUUAAGCUCAGAGAACACAGUGACAUCUGGUGGCUUGUAAAACUAAAGACAGCCCCUCACUGAAGGCGUGAAGCACUGAAACACCUCUCAAAUAUCCACAAUUUUAGACCCUCUGAGAACUAAUGGUUUGAGAAGUUUGCACAUUUUGAAAAAAUACUAUUAGUGUGUUUUUAUUUCAGAAAACUUUGCUCAAGUUCAGAAAUGUUGUUUCUCAUCUGUUGGCAUUAUUCAGUUGCUUUAUUUUGUUAAAUGCAAAGAAAUGAACAUUGACAUGAUAUCAGUUAUAUUUCUUGUUAUGGGUAUUAGCCAUAAACUGUAUAUAGUAUAUACAGUCUAUGGUAUUAGCAUUGACUGUUAAAAAACUGAUACCAGUCUGUGAUCCCGGUUGUUUUUGAUCAUUUUACUGAAAGUAGUAUGAGUAUAUAAACGGUUGCUAUGAAUUGAUGAUAUCCAAACCUCUGGGUCAGACACUAAAUUUACUUCUUUACUUCUUUAAUUUAGCUGAGAUGCUAAAAAAUGUCCCAAAUGUAAUCCAUUUUAGAUCGCUGUAUCCCUGAAUAGUUUUUCUUUCAUGAACUGUCAUCAAUAUUAACACAAAGAAUACUGUCGUUUUGGAACUUUUGAAGGAUCUGCUCCUGAGGAUGAAGCAGCUGAAGUCAAAGCGGAUGACACCUUCAUGGUCCCUAAGAAAGAAAUCAACAUGGUGCCCGACAUGGGCAAGUGGAAGCGCUCUCAAGUACGUGGCUCUUUGUGGCUGUCUUUUCAAACUUCUGACACAAAACUGAAAAACUUUCAACAAAAUUAAAAGCAGGCUUUGCAACACAGUGUGUGGAUCAUACUCGGAGUGAGAAAACCUUGGAUAGCAACGUGUUUCUGAGCGUAUAAGUUUGUGAUAUGAAGAUAGUCAUCAGAAGCUGUCGGCUUUGUCCACAUCUAAAAUUUGUCUCCAGCUGCUGCAGAGGUUUUAUCAAGACCCCAAGCUCUUUCAGUUAAUUGAUUGAUUUGAUUUCAGGCAUAUUUAAGCAUGAUGUAUUAUGUCAGACAAAGGAAACCCACUGAAUUGCUUGGAGUUUGUAUUAUGUGAUCCUCUGUCUUUAUCUUGGUGAUUGCAAAUUGAAAGGGUUUCUUUUCAUUUUAACAUGUUGCUUGUAGUUUUGAUUUGCAGUUUGUUUGACGUUCCUUAAACACGUUUCCUCUGUUUGCAGGCGUACGCUGACUAUAUGGGCUUUAUCCUGACUCUGAAUGAAGGUGUGAAAGGAAAGAAGCUCACAUGUGAAUACAAAGUGUCAGAGGUAUGUUCUUCGGUCUUUAAUCAGUUGUCUUUUUAAAACACAAGUGUUUUUAUUAUAAAAUCACUCAAGUUGACUUGUCUCGCUGCUUAGUUAAAUAAUCUGUUUUUACUUUUUCACUUUUUGUUGUAUGCUCUUAAUUUACUACUGUCAGAUUUAACAAGAGGGUUUAACCAGGACUCAGUAAUCUGUCCUUCACAUUUGGGUCACAGUCUGUGAUCUAACUUCGCUCAGUUUUAAAGAAAACCAGUACAGAACGACAGGUGGAUAUAGAGUCAGGCUCCAAUACUCAACACAGUUCUCAUCCUGUUAGAUUAUCAUUGAUUACUCUGAGAGUUAUAAAAACAUCAUGCAGUGGUGAUGAAUGUUACAUCAAAUUUAGUUACUGUUACUGACGUGUGAUUGUUUUGCAGACGGUAGAGAAGUUAAUCGAUCUUUUGGCGACUCUGGAUCGAUGGAUCAAUGAGACGCCUCCUGUCGACCAACCGUCUCGUUUUGGUAAUAAGGCCUACAGAACCUGGUACGCCAAACUGGACCAGGUAAGCACUCACAUGUUGUGAUGAUUACAAAAUUAAAACUUAAAGAUAAGACAUACAGAAGACGUCAAAUGUCAUAAUUGACUUUAUAAUUUCAUAAUAGUGAGGGCCUAUCUGUGGUUUCUGUGCAUGUGUAUGCAGGAAGCUGAGGCCUUGGUGUCAGCUGUGCUCCCUGCGGAUAAAAAGGCUGCUGCUCCAGAGAUCGCCGUCUAUCUGAAAGAGUCUGUGGGUAACUCCACCAGGAUAGACUACGGGACAGGUGAGUACAUGUUCAGGAUCAGGUUUAGGUUCUGUUUUCUUCAUUUUAAUAGUUAGGUUUGUUUUAUAGCAAUAUCAGAACAAACAACUCUUAAAAAUAAAAAUCUUCUCUAAUAAAAGCAAAAUAAAUAUGUUUCAGCAGUGUGUGAGCAGAUACUGCAACGUCUUGUUCAGCUCAGUGAUAGCAGCAGGAACAAAGCUCUUUUUAUGUCACUUUGCUCUGCACCCCGGGACUAAAAAGCUAAAAUCCUCUGCUCAGUGGGAAGCCAAAACUCACUGAGCAGAUGGUGGGAGUCAUUGUUUGAAAUCCAGGUAGCUGUCUGCAGUACCUGUCAGUUGUAUGCAGACAUUUAGUAUUUGGCUCAAGAAAACCCCCGUCCUCUGCAGAUGUUAGAUGGUAAAACUCGAUUAUUUUAUAUUGUCAAAGUUUGAGGGGAUGUUAGCUGUGUUUAUGUUUUAUCUUUCAGGUCACGAAGCUGCGUUCGCUGCUUUCCUCUGCUGUCUCUGUAAGGUCGGUGCUCUCAGAGUGGAUGACCAGCUGGCUAUUGUUUUUAAAGUUUUUAACAGGUGAGCUCUUCCUGCUGAGGUUUUCCUGCAUGGUCAUUAGUCAUAUAGAGAUACUUCAACUGGGUUGUUUAUUAAUGCAAAGGAAAAUUAAGCUGUUCACAUGUGUCGCUCAGGAUCGGUAUGCAGAAGAGGAGUGAGACAGUCAAAUUUACAAAUCCACCACACACUACCUAACUUGCAAAAUAUGUAUUAAUCUGCCAACACUUGACCUUAUAGCUUCACCAAGCUCACACAUGCCAUGUGCCCUGUCAAUAUGUUGGUACAAAACUCUUGAUUUGUAAGUGUGCUAUAGGCGGAAACUAUUAGGCAUUAGUAGUAGAUAUGUGGCAUUGUGGGUAGGGUGUUUUUAUUCCCCUGUGUUUGUCCUGUUUGUUUGUUGCAGGUAUCUGUCAGUGAUGAGGAAGCUGCAGAGGACCUACAGGAUGGAGCCGGCUGGAAGUCAAGGUGUGUGGGGACUGGAUGACUUCCAGUUUCUGCCCUUUAUCUGGGGAAGCUCCCAGUUUCUAGGUAAGACUCAGACUUGGUAAAAAACUUACAAAGAGAAGAUUUUUUUCCCUACUUUUUAAAGACAUUAGUGUUCCUUCAAGUUUAUCUGGGAAAAAGUUGCUGUUUUGGUUCUCAAACAUGCAGUUGAUCAGAAAGAUGUCUGAUGUUGUGUUUAAGUCAUUUAUUAUAGCACGUUUAGGUAUGGCAACAAGACAACUAUAAACAACACAAUAUGUUGUAUAUAUGUAGGUCCUCAAUAAUGAUUUAAAGCAUUAGUGUAAGGGGAGUAAGAGGCAGCGGCUGCAAAGGCCUGAUUGCUCAGCUGGUUUCCAGGCAAGUUUUCAGCACAAGUUUUCAGCACAUCCAGGAAAGCUGACUGGUUUCUCUAGCUGGAGUAUAAACAUGGAGAAGCUCAUUUAAGUAAGACAGUGCCAAACUUUUAAAGGCCUUCAAGGUCAGCAGCAGAAUUUCAUUUUCAGCUGAGAGCGCGGCGACAAAAAGCGGCCUGCACUGAGGACAUGUCUGGCUGAAAAAGCUGCACUGCAUUUAGUUAGGUAAGGAUGGAAAACAAGCCCUGCUGAUGCAAAAACAACACAUCCGUUGACACACCUCCUGAAAGGCAUAGUGCACAUUCCCACACAACUCACAGUGCUGUAACUUGAUUGACAUCUCAUGAUAUUCUGGAUCAGUCAGAAUGUAAUGCCAAUAAAUGAAACAUCAGAAGAUCCCACACAGUCAGUUCAGGUUUAAACAGUUUGUACUGUAGUUGGGAUUAAAACAGCUCCUUGACUCAAAUCUUUAUGACUCAACAACAACACCCAGUACCUCACAACCAUCUCACUAAAAAUAGAAUGCAAUGAUAAGAAAUAUGAACUAGGUGUAUAAAAAACACACUUAACUGAAUGCAAUGAAAAUGAAUACAGAAACACCAUAAAUAAAUUUCACAUUGAGCUGCUGGAAAGGCGCAUUUCUGUUGGAACAAAGGAGUCUUUCAGACUGUCUGUCCUGCAUGCUGAUAGGAUAUAUCUGCAGUCAGACAGGAGCAACAAGAACUUUAUUUAGGAUAGACUGGACCUUUACAGAGUCCUGAGUUUGAAUAGAUCACUCAAAUCAUUCAGAGUUGCCCAGUGUUGACGUACAUCUGCAUCAUGUCCCUGAUCUGCAGUAAAUCGUUUCCCUCAGCAAAAUUCACCCCAUCUGAUCUCCUGAAAACAGCACUCAUGGUGACGCAAAUGUGUUACAAAAUAAUCAGCAUAAAUAAAAACUAUUCCUUAUUUAUAGCACAUAGAUCAGGGGGUCACAUCUUGAGCUUUAACUGCAGUAAUGAUCUGCAGAUGGAUUUAAAAGAGGUGUGUAUUGCUCUUAAAUUGAAAUAAAAUUAGGAUGUAUACUGUUUAUCACAAUAAGCCUUUGAUUUCACAUCACAACAGAGGCAGAGCUCGAGAUAUGUUUGAACUCCAUCAAACGGGUCAGAGGUAAAAGUCCGAAGGUUGACUCAAACUGAAGCUCUGCAGUGAAGGUUGAAGCGAUCACCUCCAGUGUCGGGAGAAGAGGUUGAUUUGGUUUGAUGUGAAGGUAAACAGUGACACCUGGUGGUGAAUGUGUGCACUUACAGCUCAUCUCUCCCUUCAGAUCAUCCAACCCUGGAGCCUCGGCACUUCAUAGAUGAAAGGGUGGUGAAUGAACAUCACUUGGACUACAUGUUUCUGGACUGCAUCAAGCUCAUCAAUGAGGUGAGAAAACUGAGAAUAAAAACUCCAAAACUUUUCAAUUUAUUAGAGAGACUUUUUAUUGUUUUCUCAAACAUGUUCAGGGCUUAAUUUGGUAUACUUCCAUCAUAUUCAUUAUUGAAUACUCUAAUUUGAAGUAAUGUCAGAUAGAUAACCCUAACUACAAUACUUUGACAGUCUUGUAUACAGCUUUAAAUAGCUUUUGAACCAACUUUCUGCAGAAUAUGAGUCCAUUCUGUGGCUCCCUUCCACUUAAAUGUUUGGAAAGUUCAUCAAAUAUAACGUUAUAAAUAAAAAUAGGACAAACAAGUGCAACAGGAUUAAUGGCAAUGCAAAAGACACUCAUCAAUCAAAUGUACAAGUCAUUAAUUUGGUUUUGCAGCCAACAGCUUGAGUGAUUUGGCUCAAUCCUUGCAGCUGCAGAGCACCUCUGUAGGCAGCAUUAGGCUGAUGUUUUAAGUGGAAAAGGUGGUGUGUCUGUGCCUCUUCUUUUGCUUUUUGUUGAAACAUUAUCAUCAAUGAUCAGGUGGGUAACUCAUGCGCAGCGUGGCAUUAAGUUUGGCUCAUAUUUUCCAAACAGGCAGCUCUGUAUCUCCUCACUGACUGAUUCUCAAUAUAAACAAAUGUAGUGGGUUCAGAGACGUCAAAAUAACUUUAUAGAAGUUGUCAUCCUUUUGUUGAUGUAAAGGAAACUCUUCACAGGAGCUUUAAGCUUAAGUUAAAAGUGAUCUGCAUUCUCUUUGACAACCAGCAGGGGGCAGCUACAGUGAUUUCAAAACACAAGUCAGAGUGUCUAAAAGUCUAUCAGAAUAAAGAGUUCACAUUUUCCUCAUGAGUUUAAGUCUAAAUUUCUAGUUUUAAGUCUUCUUCAACACAAUAUGAUGGUGUUUUUUUGUGAGUCAUUAUCUCAUUUAAGAUCAAAACGGACUAGAGAAGCAGGGGAGGAUUUAGGGCAGGGCUACUGGAGACUGACAAGUUGGAAAGUCAGUUGAGAUAAAAGUCUCUUAAGACUCAGCUCAUCCCAGCAGUUCACAUCUCUGUUGCUAAAACCACUUCUGAUUCAAAGACUAAAAAUCUGUAAACAAACUGUCUAUGGUAACACCUUACAACAAUAAUUGACAAAACAAUGGACAACAACAUAGUCUAAAAGUAGGACCACCCUCUAACGGGCAAUACCUUCAUUAUCCUUGGAAACUGAAUUUAACAAACUCCUUUAGUUUUUAUGGUUUGGUUUUUGUACCCUGUCCUCUUACUGUGGGGUUUCAUCUUAAGUGUCUAUCAGGUAAUUUUUUUGGUGUUCUGUCCCAAAACCUACUUUAGGACAGAGCUCCCUUCAUCAAAAAGUCUGAAGAAUUAAGUUUUUUUUAUUUAAAAUUUAUGAAGACCUCAGAACAAACCACUGAGGCAUUGCUGCUGCUUGGUGAGGUGAGAGCAAGAUGCUUGCACCUUAAACCUUUUUAAAACUUACAAAUUUUAUGUCCUUUACAUCUUUUAUAAUGUCAAGACUUCAUGGGGAAUGCUAUUUCAUUCGUUUUUUAUCAUGAUUCAGAAAUAGGUCUCUCACUUUUUAGACCAGCUGUUAUUACCUCUUUAGUCCUCAUCAACUUUCAUGAUCACUACAGCAUCUCGUGCUGUCCCUUGGCUUUUCAGACACACAGACAAAUACACAUACCUGCUCUCCUUUCUUCACCUGUGGCUCCCUGAUAGUUUGUACCACUGCUGCAACAACAUGUUGAAGAUACAGAUAGUGCCAAGGCUCUUCUGUUAAAAAAGAGAGGGAGGGUGUGCCUCCUUCAAUGUAAAGGAUGUAACAGAGGCAACAAAGCAGGUUGAACAACAUCAUUCAGUCUCAAUUAUCAAAAUCUUAUGAUCAUGGGGGGGCAAAAUUGUAAUCCAAAUGAAAAUCGGAUUACUCACCCAGCUCUGAAACAUCGGCCACUAACGUCAUCGCAUGAUACGUCAUUUGCAGAUGUGCAGAUAUCAAUACAUCUUAAAACAUCAUGACCACCUGUAGUUAGAGGGACCUCAAAGUCUGUUUAAUGUCAUCAUUUAGUGGAGGUGGAGCCAGCCUAUGACGGUUUUUAUAUUGAAUAUGAAAAUGAAUAAACUGUUCAUCAAUGAAAAGCAGACAGAGAGAUUUUUUCCGGACAAGCUGUUGAACAUGAAGGAACACUUAUGCAGCUUUUCUCAUGCUGUGGUGGAGACUGAAACAAAACCAAAAUAGUUUGAAUAUUGGACUUUAAAGCAACCAGUCAGCCAACUUAAACCAUCAGGUAUGUUGUUUUAAAUGAACACAGUAGUGUAAAUUACUUGUGUAUAAAGAGAACUAAGUGUUCUUGGUCCAGAUUUAGCAGUUGGAUUAAAUUGGAGCCCAGCUGAAUGCGGUUUGGUCCAGGAAAAGGAAGACGGGGGAAGGCAGAUGGAUUCUGCUGGUGGAGAGCCAGAGCAGGAACUGUUCGCUUUGUUUUUCGGUUUUGGAGGAAAAGGAGGGGAGGGAAGCAGAGGAGGGCGUUGGUGGAGCAGCAACAUCCUUUUCCUCUGUCCCACUCAGAGGCACCACCUCCCUCCUUCCCUCCUCUUCUUUCUCCUUCUCCUCCUCCUCCUCCUCCUCCUCCUCCUCCCUCUGUUUGACCUCUUCCUCCUCCUCAUGGUCAUGAGAGGAUGCUGCUGUUGAGUCAAGAAGGAAAACAGGGCCUCCAGGGUGCUCCCGAUCAGUUAGGAUGAGAGUUUGUGUUUGGAGACUGAGUUUUACUGUUUGCCUGGUCAUUGAUAAAUCUUUUGAUGAUGUUCUCUUGGCCUAAUUUUGGCCCAAUGUCAUAGUAAGAAGAAGAGCCACUUUGCUAGAGUUUGAUUAUAUAAUUAUUUUAAAAGAAAUAUUUUUUCAAUUCAUGUAUGUCUGCAAAUUACUUCUGAUUUAACAGCCAUGGGCGUAGAAAUGUACAGAUUCAAGCCUAUCAAAACCAUUUUUUUUAAGCAACAAGUAAAGGUGUUUUCAGGCCAGUGUGUAUUGUUGGGGUCAGCAGGGCUGAACAGCGCUGUGUGUGUGCAUGUUUAAGUGUGUGUAUGUGGCUCUCCCAUUGUGCGAUUACAAGCUGUGUAUCUCACACUUGAUGUGAAACCACACUCUGAGACACCAGCAUGAUGCUGUUGUCUGCUGCAUUGUCCAAGUGCAAAAGUGUGGUCAAGGAUGAAUUUCUUUCUUUCGUCGUCACUCAUUGCAGAGUGUUAGACUCCUGUGCAACAACACUGAUGUUAAAAACUAAUACGUGUGUACAGUAAAACCAAAGAAAAUGUCUCUCAAGAUGCAGAAUACAUAUUAUUACAGACUGCAACACAAAAAAUGCUUUUAGCAAUUGUUAAAUCAAAACUUUAUCUUAUUAACAUCAUAUACAGCAGUGAACAGUAUCAAUUAGGUCACAUAGUCCAUCCAAUCAAAUAGUGUUGUGGGCGGGGCAUUAAGAGAGGCAGCGUGGAUAGUAAAAACAGACGCAGAUACAGAGACACACAGGCAGCUGAGUCAAAGUAGCAUGUUUUUAAUACUUUAAUUCUAUCAGCUAUCUGUGAAAUAAAACGCUGAUACACAUAGUUGGCCAAAUGCUGAAUAUUAGCUUUGAUAAUUAGCAAAGGCUGACAGUCAGUCUAACCGCACAAAGUACCAGAAAGAUAAGAGUCUGCUCCUGCAGACUGCUGACAAGGACCUCCACAGAGCUGUCCAAUGACUGAGGCUAUAAAAGUGCUACAGUAGUGAGUGAAUUAGAAAAUAAAGACAGAUAGCAUACUCUCUGCACAUCUCACACUUUGUCUGGAGUGUGAAUGAUUAUUCAGAGGAGCUUUUUUGAUUUUUGAUUUGCAUUAUUAUACCAACAAAAACCUCCUUUAUUUUACCUUUCAUUACUUUAAACAGGAUCAAGACCCCCCCCAAUAAUCGGUAUCAGCAUCGGCCCCAAAAAAAUCCAUAUCGGUCAGGCCCUAGUCAACAACACAACCAGUGGGGAGAAAAUGUUCUGUGUAAUUAAUUUAUAAAGUUUGUCCACAGCUCCAUUUGUUUUUGCGGGAGGAAGGAGGGUUUAUGACCUAUACUGCAACCAGUCACCAGGGGGUGCUGUUUUCACGGAGGUUUAACUCAGCAAGGAGGUGGAUGAUGUCCAUUCUAUAUACAGCCUACGGUUAGAAAUCAAAAAUUACAAAAUUUUAGUGCACAGGACUUUGAUUCUUGCUGCAGUGGUAUGGACACGGGUAUCAGUAUCAUUUGAUUUUUACAAGAAUGAUAACAAAGAAAUAAAUUGUGGUGUUGUGACUGCUUUGUUUCCCAUCAAUAUAAAGAUCAGGGAGACAGCGAUCUACUUGUUUGCUUGAGGAAAAAAAAAAGCGCACUUGCUCUUAAAGGAUAAAAUUCUGAUCAACUAAACCCCUCUGAUCUUUUUAUUGUAUCCUAACAACACCGUGCAAAACAAGACCAAAACAUGAUCUCCUCUCUUCCUCUUUACAGAAACCAUUUCUUCAUAUUUUAGGUCUUUCGGGAUAUUGCUGUGAUAAAAAAAAAAACAUAGUGUUUAUUCUAUGUUGGUCUGAUUGUAGAUGUUCUUAAACACAGCAAAGCUGUAAAAAUAGUUUCAGUAAACAAAAAUAUUUAUCCACACUCUAAGUGCUGUGUUUACCAACAUUGGGUAACCACGGCAACACCUCUUAGGCGUAAUAGUUGACUAGGUAAUCCCCACGCUGAAUGUGGGUUAAACUGAUUAUAAAAACAUGUUAUUUUUCUUCAGUAGAUGACAUAAAGUAAACAUGACAACACUCUGUCGGGCGUUUUUCUCUCCCUCUCUCCAUCUUUCACUCGUUUUGCUCAGUUUCCCUGCAGGCCUGUUUUUCCUCUUUUGUUUACUGUUAGUAUGCACCCCUCCACAUGUUCUCUGAAGUAUUUCCCUCUUUUUUUUUUUUUACACACAUAUGGAUCCUUUAAGUUCUGUUUUUUAAUCCGCACACAGAGCUCCACUGUGCGUGUCUGUGUGUGUGUACAUAUGUGUGUGCACUCGGUCCUAAACAUGAGUCACUUCCUUCCCCACAUGCUGCUGUGAAUCACUCCUUCCUCCAGGGAAUACGGGCUGUCUCCACCCCCCUUUCCUCCCCCUACACGCCCUUCCCCCAUGUGUUCUCAUGCGAGGCCCUGGAAAGUGUCUGAGGCGGCGUGCGAGGGGGGAGGACGGGGGACUGGGAGAUGGAAAAAGGAGGGGGUUGUUAGAUUGAUGCCCCGGGGUCUGGGUUUGGGUUCCUCUGCCUCUUGGGAGAAAAUGGUGGGAAAACAGUCUCUGGACGUGGAUUCAUUCAUACAUUUAUGAAUUUAUACAUUUGUUUUUGUCUUUCUAAGCUCUCCCUCAGACUCCCUGUCUUUUGUUCCUCUCACUUUUUUGUUGUCUGUAUGUACACAAACAUGCACGCUGCUGAUCGAGGGUUCACUAUUGCUGGAAAACAGUCCCUCUUUUGUUCUGUGUGUCUCUUUUACCGCACUGAUUAUAUAGCUUAAAGCAGAAUCUCCCGAGUCAUGAGACAAGAGUAAAUGACACAAACAAGGCCAGCCUGGUUUUUUUGUUUGUUUGUUUUUUUGUUUUUACUGUUUAUAGUCAAUCUCUUUAUUUUUUGCUUUGAAUUAUUCACUGUUUUUCUUUUAUUUACAAUAAAUCCACAGUGAUGUUCACCUGUCUUUUCUGUGGAUAAAAAUCAAACUGUCCUAAAACUUUGACUUAUAAUAUAGAUCUAAAAGUUGACCACACUAACAUUCCACCUGGCCAAAAAAGGUAUGCGCACCCCCUUAAAAACUCAUAUUACUGUAUAAAUAUAUACAUAUCUUUUUGUUUGUUUGUUUCAGUAAUUGAACAAAAAUACAACAAUAGAAACCAUAAUUUCUUUUUUAUAAGCUCAGACCAUUGCCAGCUUGUUUGGCCUGAAGCAUGUCAACAAUUGUCAUUAGGGAGCUGGUGCCAAUUUCAGAGUUUCUUAAAUACUCUGACUCCACAAACCUUGUGCAAACACUCAACAACCAUGGGUUAUUCUAGGCAGCUGUAUAAGAAAGUGAAAAUGAAGGAUUUUGAUGCCCACAAUGUAGGGGUGAGCCAUAAGAUGAUAGCAAAGCAUUAUCAGCUUGUAGUUUCCACAGUGUGAUGUGUAAUUGAGAUCUGGAAGACCAAGGAAACUCUUGGAGCAGCUCGUAGGCUGGUUUGAAAAGGUAAAUGAAAACCCACAUUUGACAGCAAAAGACCUGCAGCAAGAUUUAGCAGACUCAGGAGUGGUGGUACAUCCUUUCAGUGUGCAGCGAUACUUGCACAGAUGAAAUCUUUAUGACAGAGUCUGCAGAAGGAAACCUUAUCUGCAUCCUCAUCAUAGAAUGCAAUGGGAAAAAUACAUAACAGAAUAUUUAGACAAGCUUGAUAAGUUUUGGAAACAAGUGCUGUGGACUGAUGAAGUGAAAAUCAAAGUCUAUACAACAGGAAAAAGAACCUAAAUAAAGCUUUAAUACUCACCAUGGACUACCUCUAAAAAUGUAGGUUUGAAGAUUUUGGAAUGGCCUUCAAAGUCUUCAGACUUGAACAUCAUUAAGGAUAUGUGGUGUGAUCUUAAAAGAGCUGUGCAUCCAAGAUGACCCAAGAAUAUAGCAGAACUGAAAGCUUUUUGCAUGAGGGAAAAUCCCAAAGAGUAGAAUCAAGACUUGUGGUUGGCUAUAAAAAGCAUUUGCAAUCAAUGAUAUCUGCCAAAGAAGGUCUUUUUAAAAAAAAUACCAGAGAGACAAUAUGCUGUUUGUUUCUUGUACCAAUUUUUCUUUAUAAAAUACCAAAAAAAAAAAGAAACUGACAAAAAAUUCAGGGUUGCAAAAUUAUUUCAUUAUUUGAAAAAAGGAAAAUUAAAAAAAAUGGGAUUAUUUAACCAAAAUGUAAAAACAAAAAUAUUUUACCAAAAGGAAAAAAAAUGUGAAGAGAAAAAUAUUUCACAAAAAAGCAGUUAGUAUUUCAUACCACAGAAGUCACCAAAUAAGCUGGAAAAAAAUCAUAAAAACUUAAAUUAUCAUAAGAAUCAGAAAUUUCACUGAUUUCCCGGGAUACACAAAAAUAGGAUAUAGGUUCACAAAAUGAAAAAUAUGAUUACCUUUAUGGCUUUUUUGUGUUUUAAAGACAUUUAAUUCACACAUGAGUUUUGUUAAUUCCGGUAAAUACAAUUUUUAUGUUUUUGGCAGUCUGUGAACUUUUUGUGGUUGUUACAACAUUUUUCUUACAACAUUUUACAUUCAGAGAAGGAGCUGCUGUCACUGAGAGCUGUUCUGCCCUGCCAGCUUCAUCGAUUCACACCACCACUGUUUUUCCUUGAUGCUUCUUCAGCUACCCCCAAUGGCAGAUCAGAGGCAGAAAAACUUCAUAGUCCAGCUCUGUUUUGGUCUUAACCAACUCCAGAAAAAAAGAAAACCUUUAAGACCACAAACUAGAAACAGAGUUUCAUCCGUCUGCUUUUUGUCUCUGGGCAGUUAAUAUCAGAGAGACUUUUUAGUGAAGUAAGCUCAUUCAUGCAGCAAGUUUGAGGACAGAAAACAGAUAACAGGCGAAAGUCCUAAUAAAGUAACACUGAUACCUGAUGCAGCUGUAGAGUUAGGAGUGUUAGAGUGUUCUUGGAACAAUGAGUAACUACUUUCUCAUGCAGAUUUGAAAACCAUUGUUUUAUACUAGAUAGAGGGAAAAUACAUCCUGUAAAGUCUCACUGUAGAUUUCAGAAUGACUUGAACUCUUUAGUGGUUUACACUCUUCACUGUAAGAUCAAGAUGUUCCUUUUAAACCAAGCCCAGACUAGUGAAAAAUACUCACAGUCACUUCCUGAGUUGUCACUUCUGUGAUCUGUCUCUGAGCGUGUGCUGCUUUUUAAAAACAAAUGUUAGAAAAUCAAACCAGUGUUUGCUCCAAAGGCCCGAUGUUUGUCCCUCAAUGGAGGAAAAAGCUUUCAGUCAGCUUAAAAUUUGUCAUUUACAGGAUUCUCCUGGUGACCCAUUUUCACAGUUUAAACCCCCUCACUGUGAAUGAGCUCACUAUUUUCCAAAAACUCACAGUUAGCAGAAAUAUAUGGCUUUUCUUCCAUGAAUAUGGGUCAUCGUUGGAUUCCUUUCUAAAUGACUCAACUCGGGCUGACCAAAGCUUCAUCAGCAACGAGACUCAAAACAGUCUAAAACCACUUUUCCAGCCUGCAAAGGGACCCAGUGAUACUUGGACAAAUCACAACUUUCCUUUUAACAACAUGCGUACUUAAUAAUGCAAAAUUUAACUCCAGCAGAUCUAUGAUUUCCUUUUGUUGGACUUUUCUAAAAGAUUUAAUUUUGCUGAAAAUUAAGCAACAAUUUUUGACUGAAAGGAAAUUUAGCUAUUUUUUAAAUAUCUUAUAUGUAGGGUCUAAAUCAUAAGUGGUUCCUACAAUGUAAUCCAUGAAGACAAGUGUGUAUGCAGUCUAACUAUGUAGAGAUCCUUCCUGUUGUAGGACACUGAGAACAACAAUCUGACCCUUUUGGUACCAAAAGAAAUAAAUUUGGGUCAUCAAGCACAUUUGCAGUCAGGUCUUGGUCUGUUCAUGCUCAGUUUCUCCGCUGAAACAAUCUACAAGACAAAACAAUUUGUACCUGUAAACCUUUAAAAUCUGUGUACAAAGAAACAUAUCCAACAAAAAUGGUCUGUGGGAGUGCAACUGCUGCAGGUACAAACAUCCUUCUGCAGCAUUUUGAUCUCUCAUUGGUAGAAACAAACCUAAUGCCAUUUAAAGGAUUUUUUACAGGACUUCACAGUGGGGUCUUCAUAGUGGAGUUCUGCAACAAAGGGUCCUGACAGUGGAGGUCUGCAGACUGUCUUGAAAAGUUCACUUUACGCUGCAGCUGUAAAAAAUGAACAUCUGACAGCUUGAAUUGAGACUUCUUGGAUUGAGCUUUCUUUUCUAGUUGACAGGUUGUUUGAGAGCAACUUAUAUUGCAAUGUUGCGAUGCUAAUACUAUUUUGUAAUAACGGAAAUGGGAGACUUCCAUUUUCCAUGAGGCCACUUUCGUCUAAACAAGACCCUAAAAUAUUGCAAAGUAACUCUGAGGUAUAAAAAUAAAGGUAGUCUUGAUUUCAACUUUUGCACCAAGGCCACUUUUGUCCUAUGAUGAUGACUGAAGCUGUAUUCAGACAUGCACAAAAGCCCCCAAAACUGCCCUGAUUAGUUUUCAUCUUGAUUUUACCCAGACUUUUCCUGCCAGCCCCUUAGUAAAAUUCCCUUGCAGAUUUGGGGCAAGAUGAUGCAAAAUCACAGCAGGAAGUAUCCUGACUGAGCAGGCAGGUGGGGUGAUGACGUUUACAUCAUGUGGGAGCUAUCAUCACAGUGUAGGUCUCUGUUUCUUUGUCCUUCAUCAUGUUGUUAACAUCACACUGUGACUUUCCCAAGACUUGAGCGGAAACACACCACACUACACAGAACAUGCCAACAAGCAACUGGGAGAGGUCAGGGGCAAAGCUCCAGAAAAAUUUCCAGAAAAUUCGGGAAUUUAUGUGUACAAGAAGUUUCAAUUAAGAAACUGCAAAAUCCAGAGUCAACUCCAUUUGUUACCGUUUAGUUUUCCUGAUUUAAACUGUGCUGUUACGCUCCAUUUCUGGACUUUUUCAUGUUUCAAAAAGUUGCACAACAUCUCUUUUGUCCCACUAUAACCUCAUCUUUGUCUCUCUCUGCUGUAGACGAAGACGGGCCCGUUUGCUGAGCACUCCAACCAGCUGUGGAACAUCAGCGCUGUUCCUUCCUGGUCCAAAGUCAACCAGGGUCUGAUCAGAAUGUACAAGGCCGAGGUACGCCUGGUUUUGUUCUCUCUCUCUCUGCAUCACCCAUCAGUCCAAAUCUUUAGUCAUUAAUGGGUCUGAUGGAAAGUUUGGUGGAGAAGUCUGUGCUGAUUUAAGAGUCUGUUUAAUGUUAGUGAUUUGAAACUUUGUUGACCCUAAACUGGAAAAACUAAGAGGGAAAAGCAAAAGUGGGAACUCUCAUAGAUAAAUACAAAUACAGAUAUAUAUAUAAAGAGAGUACAUUUCCACUGUUAAUCUAAGGGAAUCAGUCAGUACACUGUGUUAUUAACUGACUGGAAACCCUGUGUUUCUCUCCGGUGGAUCGGUUCAUGCUUGAGCAGGACAGGAUUAUAUAAGAGUGAACAGAAUGACACAGUUAGAAAUCCCUGUUUCUCCUGGUUCCCUCAAAGGCCAGAAGUGUGGAGGUUUUUUAAAGAGAGGUUUUAUUUUGUGCCCAACUUGAUCAAAUUCAAAUACAUCCUCAAGCACCUAAAUUAAUUCAACCAUAUUUGCAACAACAGAGCCAGUAAUGAUGAGGAGUCUGAAAACUGCUCGAUUGGUUAAACAAAGACAGGCCGAUGGUUCUAGCGUUAUCCUUGUACUAAAUACAAAUUCAAGCAUGUUGGGUCAUAUACUUCGUUCUGAAGGUUGGUUUGGCAAUUAGCAAACAAAAGAGCACAGACAAAAGUAACACCAUCAGCUUUACGGGUGUUAAGUUUAAAAAUUAAAUGGAAAAGUCAAAAGUCGUAGAAUUUUUGAAAACUACAGAAUGUCUUAUUUCAUUGAGUAGUUUAAAUUUUGCGUUUUCAUUGCUUCCUUCUAUGUUUCGUCCCGACCACCAGAGGAUAAAUUAAAUGCCGGAGAACAUUCUUGGGUGAAUGUUUGAUAUGCUUUCACAAAACUACUUGUUAUAAGCCACUCUAAUGACUUGGUUUUGGGGAUGCGAAUGUCAGUUGUGCAAUCAGUCCUUAACUUUGGCUGAAAUUUUGUAGCAAUUCAUUAAUGAAACUGGCUUCACCUCCUGCAAACACUUGGGAUUCAAACUCCAGUUGACACCAGUGCUGUCAGAGUUGACACAUUGCUCUUCCAAAUGUGUUAAUUUUGUCAAUUGCUUCGUCUUUAUUUGGUUCCAUUUUGCAAACUGUAGAUGUGCCUGUGCUCUUGUUGAUGCCAUGUUGGACAGCUGAGGCACUGCAGCUCUUUUGGACGAUUUAUUUUACUUGAAAAACUCUCCCAAAUGGCUCAGUUGAAAACUCAAAAGUAAUAUGCCCUUUUAGUCAAGUGAAUCAUCAUGCAUAUGGGUGCAGCUAAGCAGGCCGAUAUCAGCAGCCUGUGGCAGAGUGUGGAUCUCAGGGACAUCACUAGGUUGGCCAUUUGUGACCAGUCAUAUGCCUCACUGUCAUGGAGAACAAUAGUUUUGCACAUACAGGACCUAAACAGAGAAAGCAUUAUAACCGGAACCCCCUGGACAUCAGCUAUUAAUCAAAAGAUCCCAGAAUCACUUUACACCAGAUUAAUACUCAUUUAACAUAGUAUACAUGUUCUCCUACUUAAUCCUGAAUGUCUCAAAAUGAUAAAAUUUUAAACACACAAUCACACAAUUAAUUCUUUGUUUCAUGGAUUACCAUUACAUUUUGUUAAACUUUGUCUCUUAGAUGUGAUAAAGUCUUUCUUUGGAGGUUACUUAAUUCUCUUUGCAGCACAGAAGGUAAAAAAAAAAAGGAUAAAUCAAGUCUUAGUAUGAUUCAAGUCUGACAUAGAAGAAUUACAUCACAAAGGGAUUACCCUCAGACUUGGCUGAUUUUGCAUUUCAUGCUCAUUACAAAAUGUUAACAUUUAUGAUUUCUGCAUGCUCACACACGUAAUGAAUUAGCAACCAUCAUAGGCAGUACAUCUGCUUCGUAUCAGUAUGGUAGCCGUAUCACUGUGAGCAUGUUUGCAUGUUGAUGUCAGUAUUUGGCUCAGAAACUCCACUGAGGAAGAGGAGCUUCACAGAGCCGGUGGUGAGGUACUGCAGCUCAGUAGAUACUCAGUCAUAAAGCAAUGACCUUUUACACAUAUGGGCCGGUAGCACUUGAUAGCAGGGUUUGAAUCCCAGCGUGUUACAGUUUGUUCAGGAUAUCUUCUAGGGAUUUCCAAAGCACCUCUGUUUCUACCUGUAAUUAAAAUGUAGAUGAAUGGAGUAGUCUAAAGAAAAUGGUCAAAAUUUGGCUCAGUUUAUAAAACCUACCUAAACACAGGAUCACAGAGUCUUCAGGCAAACUGAGUCAUAUUGGAUGCAGAGUUUGGCUAGCCCUAGCAGAGCUAGCACCUCAAACCCCCGUCCUCCUCCCAGGUUAACACAUUGAUGUCUGUGCUUAUUGCUCUAGUCCUGAGGUCAUAUGCUAGUUUAACUAGUCACAGUCUAAAUACAACUUUAUGUUCAAUUUCAUGGUCAAAAUACUAACAAACUCUGUGUUAGUUUACAUCUGGGUAGUAGAGCAUUACAGCAACAUGGCAGUAGCCCCAGAUUCAACAUAUGGCUGGCAUUUCAGGCCUAAAGUAAAAUGUUUUUUUCAGCAAUAUUUCAUUUCAUUGACUAAUUUGGGUGCCAACUAGCAAGAAUGACCAUGUUUUAUCUUUUAGUCAAUUAGACACACACAUCCUUAGGUUCUCCUGUAGACAGUAUGAAAUAUUGGUGAAGUCUCAGCAAUGACUGCAGUUUAAUUGGACUUCUAUCAGAGUAUACAAACACAGGGCAAGAAGCAAUUUAUUGAUGUGAUAUGCUUCCUUCCAGUAUGUGUCUAUUGGACCGUCAAGAACUAUUAUACCAAACAUACCAAAACAAUUGGCAAACAGGUUAGCUAGAGUCUAACUGUCUGUGUGUUGAACAGUAAAAACAUAGACAGUUUUGCACUUUUGCUCUUGUAAUGAAUUAGAUUCAUGCUGGUGAUGAUAUCUGAAGGCUUUAUUGACUACCCAAUAAUUAAAGGGAAAACUUAUCCCCAACUGCAUUUUCCUGAUGUGGUACAGAAAUUUGAGGUAGUGUUUGGUGAGCAGUUAAAAGCAAGCACCGAUAGCCUGGUAAUCUAGGUGUACCGGGUUCAAUUCCAGCCUGUGGUCCCUUUGCUGCAUGUCACUCCUUACUAUCUUCCCUGUUUCCUGCUUUAUCAAUUGUACCCUAUUAAGAAAAGGCCAAAAAAGCCCAAAAAUCUCUCUUUUAAGAAAAGGAACGGCACUGCUAGCUUAGUUCUUACACUGCGUGUUUUGAACUCUAGCAUUUAAAUAACACCCAAAAACAGAUAUUUGAUAACACUGAGAUUCUGUCUCCUUUAAAAAUUUGGGGUUGGAACGAUCAAAGCAUGAACCCCAUCAGGCUAUAGUCCUUUUUGCAGAGGUUGAAGGAUCAACUCUUUGAUGCAUGUCCAUACCCGCUCUCUUCUGCUCAUGUUUACUGUCUCUCUUCAGCUGUCCUCUCUAAUGAAGGUGAAAAAAGCCCCAAAAAUGAACCCUCCCAAAAAAAUCCUGUGAUUUGUUUAGUUUGUAUUCCCAGAAACACAGACAUCUGAAAGGACACAGACCCCGCUCUUUGGUCAAGUCUUUUUAAUCCUGAGAGGUUAGACUCAUGUCUCACAUAUAGUAACACUUUGAACUUAUCAUCAGUCCAAACACAGAAACCUCUAGUCAUACUUUUUGCCAUUGUUGCUUCAUGCAUAAUAUUUUCUGCAACUAAGCAACCAACUGUGGUGUAGACAAUCGGAUCCCUGUCUUCACCUGCAGGUAAUGCUCUCUGUGUGAGAGUUAUGUGAUAUGCGUUUCUUGAACGGCACUGUUACACUCAGCACAUUGAUAUUGCAAAGGUUCAGAGUAUAAGUUUAGGAUGCACUUUCAAGAAAAAGACAUUUUGACUGGUCAAGCCCUCUUGAAAAUUUUAGAUUCACAAAUUCAGGUACAACCCGGAUUCCAAAGUAGUUGUAACACUGUGUGAAACAUUAACAGAAACAGAGUUUGGUGGUUUGCAAACUAUUGACACCUCAUAUUUAUUUGGAAAUAAUACAAAACUUCCUCUGAUGUUAGUAUCAUAAAAAAUAUCUGCUUAUUUUGAAUUUGAUGGAUGCAACACGUUUCAAAAAAGUUGUCACAUCGUGUGUCAGCAGCUCUUUUUUCACCAACGCUUUGUAAAUGUUUGCGAACCCAGAAGACCUGGAGUUUAAAAGUUACAUGUUGUCCCAUCCUUGUCUGAUAGAGGAUUUUGGCCACUCAACAGUUCAGGGUCUCCUUUGUCCCAUUUUUGUAUCAUGGUGCUCCAAACGUAUCAAUGGUUAAAAAGUCAGGACUACAGGCAGGCCAGUUUAUAAUCAGGACUCUUCUACUACAGAGCCAUACUGUUGUAAUCCCUGCAGAAUGUGGUUUAUCAUAGUCUUGUUGAAAUAUGAAGGUCUUCCCUGAAAAAGUCUUUGUCUGGAUGUCAGCAUAUGAUGCUCCUAAACCUGUAGAUAUUGUUCAGCAUUAAUGGAGCCUUCACAGAUGUGGAAGUUACUCAUGGACACUGACAAUCCCCAUACCAUCAGGGACACUGGCUUUAGAGUGAGAGCUGUCGACCAGCUGGGUGGUCCCUCUCCUUUUUUGCAGGGUGGACACAGUGUUCAUGAUUGUCCAUUUUUCAUUUGUCAGCCCACAGGACAGUUUCCACUUUCCCUCAGUUCAUCUUAAAUGGGCUUGGGCUCUGACAAGUUGCUGUCAUUUCUGGAUUCAUAUGUUGAUAUGUAGUUUCUUCUUUGUCUGGUACAGUUUUAACCUACAUUUGUAGAUGUACGGUGAUUUUGAGCCCAUGCAGUGAUUUCCACUAUAGAGUCCUGUCUGUAUUUAAUGCAGGGCUGCCUGGGGGCCUGAAGAUCAGGACCAUCCAGUCUUGGUCUUGGUUUCCGUCCCUUUUGUACAGUGAUUUCUCGAGAUUCUUUGAAUCUUUUAAUGAUAUUAUUUCUGUAGAUGAUUAAAUCCACUCAUUCUUUCACAUUUGACACUCAAAAACAUUAUUCUGAAACUGUUGAACUAUUAGCUCACACAGUCUCUCACAGAGUGGUAAACCUGUUCCGUCAGCCUCUCUUAAUGUCCUUAUUUAUACCCAGCUGUGUUACUAAUCUGUUGGAAAUGAACCUCAUUAGGUUUCUUUAAGCAUUACUCAACUUUUCAAUGUUUAAUUGUCCAACUUUUGUCAAACACGUUGCUCAUUUUUUUGUUAUCAAGAAAAUGUAAACUUAAAUGAUUUGUAAAUCAUCAAAAUUGGUUCUAAAAACAUUUUACACAGAGUCCAACUCUUCUGGGAUUGAGGUUGUAAAGACAUCUGAAUGAACCGCGGUGGAGGAACUUGAAACAAAAGUUGUAUCGACGUAAACUCUUCACUUAUUUCUUGUUUUUUCUCUCUCCUGACUUUGACAGAAACUGUUUUCUUGUUUACAUAAGUUUUAAAAAAUCAGUUUACCGCUGGAACCCGACUGUGACCCGGUUCUUUUAGAGCGAAACGCCCAAACUGAACAGCAGAGGAGAGAGGCAGGAAAGGGUUAAGAGAGGAAUACAGAGAAUGGAAUUGUGUGUGUGUGUGUGUGUGUGUGUGUGUGUGUGUGUGUGUGUGUGUGUGUGUCUGGUGUGUGUGUGCGUGUGUUUGCUUUGGUGUGUGUGUGUGUGUGUGUGUGUGUGUGUGUGUGUGUGUGUGUGUGUGUGUGUGUGUGUGUGUGUGUGUGUGUGUGUGUGUGUGUGUGUGGGCGGUUGGGGGGGGGGUUGGGGGGAUGUCUAAGCCCGUUCUCCCCGCCUGCAUGCCCACAUCCUGUGUUUUCCAGAGCAGCCUGUGAGUCUUCCCAAAGAGCUGAGGGGCCAAGCUGUCUGCCUCCCCCUCCUCUCUCCCCUCUCUCUCCCUCCUUCCUCCCUCCUCUGCCGUUCCCUUCAUUAAAUUCACCCCUCCCUCUGUCCCGACCUUCCUCCGAGCCUGGAGCAACCAUCAGCAGACUUGCAUUCCUCUCUCCCUUUUCCUGGCCCCACACACGGUUUCGGGCAGAGGGUUGUACGAGACGGAGAAACAGCAAAAUCCAACAUUUCUGUUGAAGAGUGUGAGGCGAUUCUGAGGCCUUGACGUCUGUUUCAGGACAAAAAAAGUGUAAAGUGACACAGGCUUGGGGAAACAAUGGUAGAAACAAAGGCCUGUUUGCUAAGCGAGGAAAACCAAAGUGUCCUUUACAGAGGUUCUCACCUUAAAUGUUGGUGUUCUCUAAUUUGAGCCUCUUUGUUUCCGUACUGGUAUAACAGUCUCUUUGUUUCAGUCUUCAGACAGCCAGUGGGUCACAGUUCAUUCAAGUGCGCUGUAAAAAAUCAACUUGCACAGACUUGAAACUUGCUUGAGAUGGAUCAUUCAUCACAGUCAACAACAUGUACACGAAGUUCAACGUCUCAACACGUAGAUAUACAUACUGCAGGGAACUAAACUGAAUCCAGAGCGCCUGGAAAGGAGAGCACAUGUUCAAAAACACUUAAAUGCUGUUCCUCAUCUAUUUUUUGUCCUUUGAAAUGUUAAGUGUAGUCUAAAAACAGACUUAAACAGGCCUUUAGAUCUUACCCCAUUGUUUCCCAUUAUGAACUUUAUUUAAGCAGUAGACUUUUCCACUUUGUAGUUUGUGUUAACUCUUCCUGAAGCUUCUAUUUUAACAUUUAGGCCAAAGUCGUCUUUGUCUUUUUGGAGUCAGAAAUUCACAUAUUUUGAUGAGAGAGUGGGGCGCUGAGUUAGUAAAUGUAAAGUUAUCAUUUAAUGCUAGAACUGCCUUUUCAAUCAAAGUGACAGUGGAUUAGGUAAUGUUCAAACAUUAAAAACUUUGUUCUAUAAUAGAUAUCAGCUAAUUUAAAUAUUUUGUUGGUAGCACAUUUCUAAAAAGUUUGACGCAACCACACAGGUCAAAAGUUUUGUGAUGCUAAUAAAACAGCUGGAGGUACAUCUCCAAACUAGUGAGGUAAAUUUCCAACAGGCUAGUAACAUGACUGGGCAAAAAAAGGACAUUCAGAGAGGCUGAGUCUCUCAGAAGGAAAGAUGUGAAGAGGUUCACCACUCUGUGAGAGACUGUGUGAGCUGAUAGUUCAAACAACUUUCAAAAUGUUUGGUUGUUGAAUGAAUUUUUACAUCUACAGAACGUAAUAUCAUUAAAAGAUUCAGAGACUCUGGAGAAAUGUCUGUACUUAAAACAUUUAAUUGUUUUUAAGUUUACUAAAACAGUAACAUCAUGAUGCAGAUUAAUGAGGCACAAAGUUUUGUCAGGUCUGACCUCAAGAGGAGAAGAAAACAACUUUCAAAAUGUUUGUUAGUUUGUUGAAUGAAGGUCAGAUCCAUAAUUUCUGAUGCUUUCAGGAGAGUCAGGAAAUCUAAACACAGAUUGUCUUUAGUGACUCAGCAUCAAGCAGGUUAAGUGUUUCAGCUUAAAUGUUUGAUCUAGAACUGAUUGUGAAUUGACCUUCAUUCAGAUAUCUGCUAAUACAGAGAAAUAAAUCCUCCUCAGAUUACUAACAGUGGGAGCUGGAGUCAUUCUGGUGGAUUGUGUUCUGCCUGGUUUUGCUCUCCAUCCAGAAAGUUUCACCUGCAGACACCAAAACCUGCAAAUCCUCCAAAGACAGGACCAUCCCAGUUUAUUUGGGUCUGACCGGUCUGAAGUUCAUGUAUUUGGAUGCAGCAUUUGUUUUACAAACUCUGCUGGUCAUAGAGAGAGUGCAGAUUUAAGGCAUUUCUGAGUUUGGCUUCACUCUUCAUAUCUGGAGACUACGUCCACUUUUAUAUAGUUUAGGAUUCUUACAGUGUGAUUCAUAAACAAUUCAAUAAGAUAGAAAAAAAACUUUAUGUAAUGCUAGUUAGUGGACAUAUAAUCCUUUUUUUCCCAUUUGAGAUAUGUCCAUUGAAUUGUUGCCGAUACAACAUAGAAUAUCGUCCGAUUUAGAAAACCUGAAACCAUAAGUUUGAGGUAAGAGAAACUAAAGUGUAUAAAAACUUAUUGAUAUAACUCAUAAUGUGACAUGUUUUGAAUGUCCUAUAAAGAGUCUAACAGUUUUAUCAACAUCACUUAGAGGAUUUUCCACAUUUCCACUGAUUAGACAACCAUGUAGACGAGAGUUUCCAAGGCAGGAAGUUUUGAUCCAGUUCUGUUCAGAUGAUCAUGACUGAUAGUGUCCCUGCACAGACUGACUGAGCACAGAGUUCAGUUUCUGCAGUAUAGACUCCCAACCCCCACCUCAGACACCCACAAACCUCCCACCAACCCCCACCCUGCUCCCCGAAACUGGGUCCAUGUCUGAGCACACAAAGAGCCCCCUCCUCCUCCUCCUCCUCCUCCUCCUCUGGGCUGAUCACAGACGUUAUGAAAGAGGGAAAUGGAAGAGUUAACAGCAACGCUUUGAGUCAAGGUUAACUUUCAGGGUUUGGGCUUCACUAAGAGUCUAUUUAAAAGAUGAGAAUGUGUUGCAAUGACGCCAUCAGCAGGAGAAAUCUGACGAAAAACUAUAAAUCAAAAACUGCUCUCUGCGUUUAAAGCGGGCCAUUUUGUGAAAUUCCUGUGACCGUUUCGUUAAAAACCCCUCACUUUACUCCUUUGAGAUUCUUUUAUCCUCCUAUAACAACAAUUAGUUUACCUUUAAGACUGCCACUCAAAGAUCACCAAAUGUGACAUGCUUUUCUUUUUUUCACGAUCUGCAGGGUUUGUAUAUACAGCUUCCCUCUCAGCAAACGAUUAGUUUGAGGCAGCAAUGAAAUAGUGCAACAGUUGAAUGAUGCAGCAAACUUGAUCUGAAGUUUAGAGUAUCCCAAAAAGUUGAACACUGAGGAGACUGAAAAACAGACACAAAUGAUACUUGUAGAUGGUUUCAGAUAAGGCUGGGCAAUAAUCUGAAAAAUAACUGGAAUUUAUGACAUUAACCAACGUCAUUUACCUCAUAUCGGUAUAUUCACUGUCAAAAAUAUAUUAAUAAUUGAAGUUGGUUUUGGAUGUGUGUAGGCAGGCUAUGGUCUCGUGUUUACUUAAGACGCUGUCCUACAUCAGACACUUGACUCCACCCCAUCCAGUCAGUAACAAAGAGAGAAAGACAGGUGAGGAGAUGGAGGACGGUUCAAAAGUUGUAGCGGCGGCUGAAGUAGGCAAAGUUAAAGUGUGAGGGGGUGAGCAGCUUGUGGUAGUUAUCAUCCAUUUAUCGCUAUCGAGGUGAACUGCUCAAUAUAUUGUGAUAUUGAUUUGAGGCCAGCCCUAGUUUCAGAUUCAACUGAGAAUCCGUUUUUGUCACUUUUUGUUUUCAUGAGUUUGACUCCAUGAAAAAAAUCUCAGUUUAUUGCAAUUCUUCUCUUGAUGUCUUAAAGCUAUGGUAGGCAACUUUGACGAAACCAACAAACACACAUUACCGUAAGCACAACAGCAUUUUCAAGAGGAGCAUAACCCGUAGUUUGAGCAGGUAACUGUAGCAAAUUGGUUUCCACAGUAGAUGUAGAGGUAGUAGAAGAGGUGUAACAGGUGAAGUAGUGACUGUAUAAACAGCAGAGCCACCAGGAUGGAUCAGGGCUUUGAAUGUCUUAAGCGUGUGUUGUUUAUGUAAACAUCAGGCCAUUUCUGCUGCUGCUGCCACUCUGAGGAAACACCAGGACACAAAUGUUGCAACGCUUUGUUGUUGUGUUUAAGGGCGCUGAAGCUGAGCGAUGCUUGAGAUAGCUUCUUUCUGUUUUGUGGUUUCUGUGUAAAAAGGGCCAGUUAGGAGACACUGAUUUGCUUUUCCAGCAGGGCUUGGCACCUGCCCAUGACACCAAAACGCGAACAAAUGGAUUGCCUACUAUGAUAUUAUUAAACCUGGUGUUAGGUCAGGCAAGCCAAGGUCAGCCCACAUCAGCAGACAGCUCAGCCAUUUAACUUCUACAUAUCUAAUUGGCAAAUGUCACAAUGGGUGUUCAAUUGAAGGUAACUCUCCCUGCCUUUUCUCACUACUUUAUCUUCAAACCACUUUGCAACCAGUCUUCACCCCAGCUCCUCUUUUAUUUUGGUGACUGGGCCAUCUGGAUUAGAGUUUAGUCAUCAUUAUGUCUUUUUACUCUCAGACUACACCCCGAAAAGAUGUAAUAAUAGUGUCCCAGUGUGUCAUUACAUAUCUUAUGUUGUUCAGGAAGUAUGGGAGGCACGGCUUGUUUACUUAAGGUGCUUCUUGACUUUCCCCCAAAACUAGGGACCUUCUCCAGGAACCAGAUGAACUAGGGUCUGAAUUAAGUUCAAGGGUAAAAAAAAAUAAUUAUCUACCGUUUGAAAAGCCCCUGCUCAGGGGGGUAGUACUUUUCAGUGGCCCAGGGACUUUCUGGGGCAGGGCCUGACAAUAUAAUUUGCACACAAAAAAAACAGGUUGUUAAUUCAAAUAUAAAAUACUGUCAGCACAGACACACAUAUACUAUCCUUAAUGAUCUAUGGUUAUCUGAUUAGUGUAGCUCAGAUGUAUACACAUAAAUUUUGACUCCACUUUUGUACAUUUCUUUCAUUUUAGUGAUGCUUUUAGGCAUUUUAAAGUUUCAGGAGUUCGAUUAUCAAGUAUCAAUUUUGUUUUCAUAUUAGCUAAGAUCACAGCUCACCGCAGAACAAUCACUUUAGACCCCGAUACAAACACAGACCAUAAUGAUCCACAGGAACCAUUUGGUUCUUCAAACAGACAUCCCUGGAACUACGAGCUCCGACUGCUUUUGGUUGAAAAGCACCUUUAUAGCAGAAACUCCACACACAUUCAGACACGUAUGUACAUGCUGCUCUUUUCCUUGCUGCUGGCACUAAGGCUACACACCACCACCACCUCACCCCCGUUCUAUCUUUGUUACCACCUUUAAGGGAGGAUCAGAGGUGGAACGAUACCACCCCACCAUUACCCUUUGGUCGUUACACAUGUAACAAGUAUAACUAUCCCCCCUUGAAAUAGCACCUCCUGUUCUGUAUCCCAGAGGGCUUUGCUGCUGCUCUCCCUGCCUUGGCUUAAGGAAAGAGUGCACCUCCCACAUAUUCCACAUAUGAACAUGGGAAGGCAGGGAGCUCUUAGAGCAGAGCCAUGUAGAAAAAUGUAACUCAUUGCAUGGAUACAUUUAUAGACAAGAGGUUUUGUUUAAAGAUAUAAAUGUUGCUCGUACAAAUGUUAACUCUCAGCAGGGGGUGGGGGUUCCAAAUUCAACCUUUGACAAUAAUAUGUAUUGUCUCUUGGACCCCCUUACAUCGUUUUUAUCAUCUUACCUAACUCUCUCUCUUUCUCUCUCUCUCUUUCUUUCUUCUCUUCUCUGCAGUGUUUGGAAAAGUUCCCUGUGAUCCAGCACUUCAAAUUCGGUAGCCUGCUCUCCAUCCAGCCAGUGAAGCCUUGACACUCAUGCCCCACACACGACGGAAAGACCAAAAUCCCCAUGGUUGGAACCAAGUUUUCCCUUCCUCUUACAUCCUCUCGUGCAAAUACAACCGUAGCAGAGAUCCACCACACGUAGUCUGACGCACGCACUCCCACAUGAUCACGCAUGUGGUCUUAAAAGCUUGUAGGUCCAUCCAUAACUUUAAUGCAGAGCAUGUUGUGGACGGCCUCUGUGACUUUGGAGCAUCUUGAUAUUUUUGUUGUUUUAUUUAUAUAUUGGCUAGAGUUUGAAUCAGGCUCCUUUGAGAGUGAGGGAUGGAUUAGAAGUGUGCUCAUUGAUGCUUGGUUUUACCUCCGUUUGGGUCCUUGGAGUGAGGUGAUUGAAGACUUUGUGAGUUCUUCUACAUCUUUUGCCACAGUUUCUGCUUCCACUUUAGGUAUUUGCUUGGUUCCUUUUUCAGGCCAAAUCUGCUAUUUGUUGAAUAAGUACCAGUAUUAAUAUUUCCUCACUUAUAAGGAAGUUUAGAUCUUUAAGGAAAAGUUUGAACAGCUUCUACAAAACAAAAUGUGCAUCAUAGUUUCGUGAAAAGUAAGAAUACUCACCACUUGUUACUUGAAAUCUCUCUCGGUAGUUAUUUUCUCCCUCAGAGUCUGUCCAUGACACCAGUCUGCACUCAUGUCGUCAUCGUAGUCCCUCCAGGUUGAGCUCCAUUAAAACCGGCCCUGUUAUGGUAAAAAUAAUCAAAUAAAUAAACAAUACUGUGUCGUGCUGUGCAGCGCUUUCCCACAAAACUCUCCUCGAGGGUGAAAUAGUGUAGUUUUUUUCACUCCACUUUUAAUGAGUGAUAAAUUCUGCAUCUGUUUCGAUUGGCAUGCCGUCAACAUCCAGGCAUGAAGUGUUUUUUAUUUAGUUAAAGAAAUGCUAUUUUUGUGUUUUUUUGUUGACCUGUCAAACCUGAUUUAAUAAAUUUUUCCUUUUCACAUCUUUA